UGUAAAUCAUGUUGCCACUCGCUGUUUCAGUUUACUUGCAGUAUUACUUCUGUCGAAUACUGUUUAAUAAUCCAAAAUUUCAGUCAAAAGUGUGCUCAAAGAUAUUUUUGGUGAAUAUUCGGUAAAUUAAAAGAUGCCUUGCGAAGUCAUAACACUACAGCUGGGUCAGUGUGGAAACCAGGUCGGUUUUGAAUUUUGGAAACGUCUCUGCGCCGAACACGCUAUCAAUCCUGAAGGGAACCUGGAGGAUUACGCAGUUGACGGAAUCGACAGGAAGGACGUAUUUUUCUAUCAGUCAGAUGAUCAGCAUUACAUACCCAGGGCCGUACUGUUGGAUCUGGAGCCCCGAGUGAUCAAUACCAUAAUGACGUCACCAUACGCCAAGCUUUACAAUCCGGAAAAUAUUUAUACGUCAAAACAUGGCGGAGGAGCUGGAAACAAUUGGGCUUCUGGUUAUCAUCAGGGUGAGAAAUUGCAGGAGGAUGUAUUUGAAAUUUUGGACAGAGAGGCGGAGGGUAGCGACAGUCUGGAGGGUUUCGUCGUUUGUCAUUCAAUCGCCGGUGGUACUGGAUCAGGAAUGGGGUCCUUUGUUUUGGAAACACUUGCCGACAGAUUUCCUAAAAAGCUACUGCAAACCUACAGCGUAUUUCCGAAUCAGGACGAAAUAAGGAAAUUAUUAUUGUUAUUUGUACUUACCGAAGAUUCCUUUGUUUCAUCAAGCGACGUCGUUGUUCAACCUUAUAAUUCGUUGCUGACUUUAAAGCGACUUACACAAUGUGCUGAUUGCGUAGUCGUUCUGGACAAUACUGCUCUGAAUCGCAUUGCCAGUGACCGUUUGCACGUGCAGAAUCCAAGUUUUGUACAUAUCAACAAGCUCGUGUCUACAAUAAUGUCUGUCAGCACAACUACUCUGAGAUAUCCUUCCUAUAUGAACAACGACCUGGUUGGAUUAUUGGCACCGUUAAUUCCCACACCUCGUUUACAUUUCUUGAUGACUGGUUACACGCCGCUUUCUACCGAUGAAGAGCAGGCUCCGUCGGUAAGGAAGACCUCCGUUCUCGACGUGAUGCGUCGGCUGCUUCAGCCAAAGAACAUGAUGGUGUCCACAGCCCACGACAGAAAUGCAACUCAUUGCUUCUUGUCAAUCCUUAAUAUAAUUCAGGGUGAAGUUGACCCCAGUCAAGUGCACAAGUCAUUGCAGAGAAUCCGUGAACGAAAACUGGUGCAAUUUAUACCAUGGGGUCCGGCCAGUAUACAGGUAGCGCUUUCACGGAAGUCACCCUAUAUAGAAAGUGCACACAGAGUAUCAGGCUUAAUGUUGGCCAAUCACACUAAUAUAUCCUCGAUUUUCGACAGGGCUCUGAGGCAGUACGACAGACUGCGUAAGCGUGAGGCUUUUUUGGAACAAUUUCGGAAGGAGAAAAUGUUCACUGACAAUUUGGAUGAGCUCGAUAGCUCGCGCGAAGUCGUCGAGACGCUUGUCAAGGAAUACGAAGCUGCUGCCAAAAGUGAUUAUCUUAGUUGGAAUUCAAAAGUUUAAGCCUAGUAUUAAUUAAUUGUUUCCAGUAUCUAUUCUAGUUACCAGUAUAGCAUCUAGUUGCAAAAUAAAUUGAAUAAUUGAAUCAAUAA